GUUGCAAAUAUUUAACUUCACUUAUUCCCAUCAAGUACAAAAUGUUAUAGACAUCUGUUUAUCAUUGAUAACAUAGUUAAUAAUCUCGCAUAAGUGCCAUACAAAAUCAGCAUAAGCGUCAAGUGUUGCGGUAACAUGAACUGUAAAAUCGGUAGUGCUAUCAUCAUUUACUGUUCCGGUCUUGUAAAAAUCAACAUAAGGAUGUCGAUAUUGUUCGUGGUUCUCCUGGUAGGCGGGUCCACAGCAUUUUCCUUUCGUAACCUAGGAUACGAAAAUUCCAACGAACCAAUGCCGAUGCAAGUUGGAAGUUCACUUUGCGCCGAACUCUGUCAGAACGGCCUAAUCGUAAGUGGAAAUCAGUGCGUCGAAAAUUGCUUGGCUACGCAAAGUGAAAACGUCUUUCCCGUUUGCCAGGAGAUAUGCCGUCUCAAAGUCGACAUUUUAAAGUGCGAAUGCGAAGCCCAUCAAUCAAAAAAAAGUUCCAGUAUUAAUGUCGAAAAGAUCUGUGACGUUAUUUGUGAAAAUGGAAUAAAAUUAGCGGUAUGUGAUUUUUGUAGCGACAAUGAAAGAGAAAAACGAGAGGCCGAGGAAGAGACGACAACGGAAAAAGAAGAAGAAGAAAAUGUAGAAACAACAACGGCUUUCGACCAGGAAGCAUUUUGUAAGGAAGAGUGCGCGCAAGGGAAUGGUGGAUCGGCUUGUAAUUGUGAUAUUUUGCCUUUGAAUGCUGUAUUGAGUGUAUAAGUAAAUGUGGUUAUAAUAAUACUAAUCAAAUAUACAUAAUAUAACGUACGGCGUCAUGAAGA